AUGCAAGUGAAGGGGAUACGAAUAAAGGGAUUGGCUAAUAGCGACCCGCAUAUAGGUCCCGCUAUCGCUUAUACGACUAGGACCGAGAACCGCGACGAUGAUUGUUAUAACGAGGAUAUCUCUAACGAUAAACGUAACGAUACCUUCUUCGGAAAGGAGGAUAACGCGUAUAAGGCUAUACGUUUUAAUAAGGAGCGCUACAACGGCUUCUACCCCGAUAAGGAAUAUUUUCGCGACAAAUCUAUAAUCCUUCGUAAGAAGUCCCUAUACUAUGUAUACUAUCUAUUGAAGCAACCCAACGAGGCAUUGGCCGAUGCGGUCGCCAAUACGGGAGACGACGACGAGGAGCCCGAAUUAUCCUUUAACCUAUUCGAUUAG